GCGGGCGGGUGGGUGGAGUUGGAAAAUAACCUCACAUUUCUGGAAUAACUGCUGCUUGCGCAACGCUCACAGCGGCGCCCUAGCCAAGGCGUUGUCCCUGACAGCGCGGGUCUCGAGCGGAGGACGAGCCCCGAAGUCCGCUAGGGCCACGGCGAGGACGCUCCGCUCCACAGCCACACGACGACCCCAGGGCCAGGUGCAUCUCUUUUCUCUAUUCGUUUGGAUCAAGCGAGCAAGCGAUGGAUGUGCAGCUUCGUAAAGACGUGCCCAGGUCCCAAAGACCCCGCUCGACUAUCGGCCUGCUGACCUCGGGCGGCGGCGGCGGCGGUGGAGGAGAGGGCCGGGUGGAGCGCUCCGACGUGCUCAAGGACACGGCGAUCCGCGCGUCGGUCCGCGACGACCGCAGCUGGAUCCGCAACAUGGGCGGAUACGACAACACCGACGGCGCUUCAAAUGGAAGGAACCUCCUCGGAAGAAGAUCGCUGACUUUGCCCGCCCACCGCAGGAGCACGGAGGAGCGAUCUCUCCCGGAGAGGUGCGAGUCGACCGACAGCUCCGACGAUGAGGCAGGCUCACGCGCUCCAACGCGCAUCUACUCAGUGGAGGACGCCCAGAAAAAAAUCGCAGGUGGACAACAGCAGAAGCUGCAACAGCAGCAGCUGCAACAGCAGCAGCAGCUGCAACAGCUGCAGCAGCCACCCAAUACAGUGACCACAAGCGAACAGAGCGCAGAAACGGAGGCCGACGUGGCGGACGGGCAGGAGUCGCGCAUCUCUCCCUCCGUGACACGUGCUCGCUUCCACAGGCCGCCGUCCAAGAGCAGCAGCCUGCCGAGAAGUCUGCUCCCUCCGGGCGGUGCCAGGGGCGGCUCCGACAGCCCCGAUGCCGAUGUGGUCAUCCAGAAGAGGAGCACCAGCGUCCUGUCAUCGUCAUCGGCGACGCCUCCGGCUCAUGGAGCUCAGGAUGUCGGCGAGCAGUCAGGGAAGCCCAAGGACAACGCCUGGAGCAACGCCUGGCGGAAGUGCUCGCGUUGCGGCUCGUCGCUCGGGAAGCGCACGGCCUUCAUCCUCGAGUACCUGGGCCUCUACUACCACGAGGAGUGCUUCAAGUGCGCCAGCUGCAGCUGUUCCCUUGGCCACGUGGGUGAUGGUCACAAGCUGCGGAUCGUGGCCAAGAAGGUCCAUUGUGACACGUGCUACAAGAAGAAGAUGGGUCUGUAAAAGCGCUAGCUUCGAUGCCAAAAUUGCCCGUCAUCGAACGAGAACCCCGCAUUAACCCACCACCUGACCACAGUCCAGCUUGCGCACAUGGGUAUUCACGUAGUCGUUGGGGGGCCUACAUUAGCACAAUUCAAUUAUAACGAGGUAUUCGAACAUGCUUUACUCGAUUAACAUAACGUCUUACUUUUCAUGACGUACGCAUCGAUUCGUGUGCUGAGGUUACGAUUUUAUCACAGAGGUGUUGGAGGUCACUGCUGGUAAUGGAAAUCGUAAAAUUAAGUGAAAUGGUUUCAUGGCUGCAGAAGCUCAGUAGAUUUGGGUGCUUCAUUCUUCUCAGAAAUUCUGCAACUUCACGGAGCUGAAACUGGUACCGGUGCUGCCAUGGUUGCGAUGGGAGGGGGUGUGGGGGUGGAGGCGGCUAGUGCUGUCCCUGGUAGGGGAAUGUCACUCAACCACUCACACACUCACCCACCCACCCACUCAACCAUCACCCACCCACUCAACCACUCGCCCAAUCAUUCACUCGCCACACUACAGGUCUACCUCACUUCUCUCCGCGUCUUCCCUCCCACUGCUCCACUGUUGAAAUUCCCUCUCCCGUCACCACCGUCGUCUCUGUCCCCCCACAAGCUCCCACAAUAACGACCUUGGCUCAAUGCAAAAAAAAGCGUUGCAUUCUUUACUCCUUUACAACUCUGAUAAAAUAGUACUGUUUGUUGCCGACUGAGUUUAUGUUUUGGACGUUUGUUCAGCAACCGUUAAAAAAA